AUUGAUGAUGGCUGCAGGGUUUUCACUAUGCAUGCAGUUUGCUUUUCUCUGCCCUUCAUAGAGUUUGUGUCUCUAGCAGGCUGAUAGUGCUGAUCUGGGAGGGGGCUGGCGAGCUGCUAGGCUCAUCUGCUUUGAAAAUGGAUGUGUUGAAGGAUGUGCUGGAAUAGCAGCACUGCUUUACAGCUCCUCUCCUCUUGCUUCCCGGAUGGAGAGGGAGAAGGGCUAAUGCACAGUGCUCCAUUGGCUGCACAUUGCUCCUACCGUGUUCUGGCUUUUGAGGUAAGUGCCUUACUCUGAGUUCUGCUCUCAUUCCUGUGGCUGGGGUGAAUUAACAUGAACGAGAGCGAAAUCUGCUGAGUGCAGGGCUUGUAGCAGCCCAUAUCAUCCCAAAAUGAAGUCUGGUGAGCAUUGCUGGGACCAAUGAGUCACUCCUCGUGGGAACAUCCUCCUCUUCGUGCUCCUCAGAAGGCUGCUAAAGCUCCUGGAGCCCAGGAGAGAAACCUGAGCCUCACCAUAGCCCUGGAUCCUUAUUUCAUCCUCCCCUGCCAGAAUCAGCCACUCUCCUCUGUCCCUUUCACCCACCAGUGCAACAGCAGAGUCCUGCUGGAGCAGCCUGCAGCUGGUAGCCUUGGACGCUGAGAAGCCACCUGAUUCCUGAUCCUGGGGAGAGAAAUACCAUGGGGACUGGAAUGAGCAAGGUUGUCAAAGGGCUCUACCUCGGGAAUAUCCGUGACUCUGAGGACAGGGAAAACCUCCUGAGAAAUGGGGUGACGCACAUCCUCUCUGUCCACAACAGUGCCAAACCGGUGCUGGAGGAGAUGACCUAUCUCUGUAUCUCAGCCUCGGAUUCAUCCAGUCAAAACCUGCUGCAGCAUUUUAAGGAGUGCAUCAAGUUCAUCCAUGAAUGCCGGCUCGGUGGGGGAGGCUGCCUUGUCCAUUGCCUGGCUGGAGUCUCCCGCAGCACUACCAUCCUGGUGGCUUACCUCAUGACAGUGACUGAGCUCAGCUGGGAGACCUGCUUGGCUGCCACCAAGGCUGUACGGUCCUAUGUCAGCCCCAACUUUGGCUUCCAGCAACAGCUGCAGGAGUAUGAGGCAACCUUGCUGCAGGAGUACCGUGCCUGGAUCCGCUGCGACUAUGGCAGGAACCCAUUCAAGGACCAGGAGGAGCUUCAGCGCUUGCUGGCCCAGCAGGAGCAGAGGCAGAAGGAGCAGCAGCUGGGAAGCAGGGAUUGCUCCUGGCUCCACUCUCCAGCUCCCACCAACCCACUCCCUUACCACACAGGUGGCAUCAACAGAAGCAGAUGGAUGAACAGAUAAGCAGCCGGCUGUUUGCAGGAAGACACAGGCCCUGGGGCUUGGAACACUCUUUGUGUUCCAAGUACCCGUAGGGGUUCUUGUCUAGGGCACAAUCAGCCAGCGCUGGUGUUUGGCCAUGGGCUCAAGGGUUGGAGUGCGUGUAGAGGAGGUUGGGACUUGCAGACUGUCUCUUGGCUGCUGGCUGUGUAUACCUCUGGACAAGCCAUUUAAUUGAGGACAGUGACACAAAGUGGAUCACAGAUGCUUUUCCAUCACACAGGGCAGCAGCAAGCCUCAUCCCUCUCUCCAACAACAUAGUACCCUGGUGCUCCUCUGUCACCGUGUGGGGAUGACAAUGCAGACCUUGGAAAGCCAGGGUAGGAUGAGAUGGGGAGAGGCAACCUUUGUCUUCUGCUUUACAGUGAAGCUGGAGCCUUUCAGUGAAGAUGCAGCCUGUGAUGCUGUCCCUGGGAGGGAGGUUUGGAUACCAGGAUGUGGGUGUGCUGCUGAGCCUGGCUGUCACCCUAUGGGAUGGGGAGAGGGACCAGAGGCUGAGCUGCUCCCGGGGUUGCAGAUGCCCCUUGACAUGUUUGGACUUUCCUUGGCAGAUGUCUUGUUGGCAUUUUCUUAACUCAUCUCCUCAGGAAGGGGGGAAAUCCAGUGGUGCUGGAGACUGCCUGACCCACUGCCCCCAUCCCCGGCACUGGAGUUGUUUUGGGUUUCCCCUGCCCACUGAUCUGAAUGACCCUGGUUGCAAAAGAAGGCAAGUGCUCUAUUGGACUCAGUCAACCAGCAGACCAAUUUUGCACUUUCCCUCUCCAACUGCCUUUUUAAUGUUGAAAGACUGUGACUGUGUCCCUUUCUUAUUCCAAGCUCAUACAACAUGUUUCCAAAGCAUGGUAUCCCUGCCUGCUUUUUGCCAUGACUUCCCCUCAUCUGUCCUACAAGGCAGGUCCCAACCCAUUGACACAGCCCUUCUACAUUUAAAUGUUCAAAUAUUUGACACCAGCUUGACCUUUUACUAUAAAUACCCUGCCUGGCUUCUCAAAAAUAUCUGUUCUGCAAUCCAUUCUGAGAAGGAAAAAAAGGCAUUUAAAAUAUUUCUAGGAAAUCCCUUAAUUAAAAUUUCUGGGUACUCCAAGUGUGACAGCACCGGGGAGUAUCUUAGUCAACUCAUAAUAAAGAAAAGAGUGAUUAAAACCAUGAGAAAGGCUGGUCUUGAUUUGAGGUGCUCCCAGUGGCAAUGGAGGGAUGGACUGAUACAACUGCUCUGCCUGUGUUCUUUCCUGUUCUCUUGAUAAAAACUACCAGCAAAAUUAAAAGUUUUAAGUACUCAAUGUUUAGCCAUUAUGUAUAGGAUUCUGGAAAUAAAAAAUAUUGGGGCUUUUCCCUACCUUUUUAGGUUGAGAAGAGGUCCAUUUGGCUGAUAUUCUACAUGGAGGUACACCUCGGUUUGUGCCUGCAAAACACUCAGUGUGGGAAAGCACUCCCAACAAUUAAUGAGCUCCAGGACCAUAAAUGCUGUUAAUGGAUUGGACUGAAGGGAAGUUGAGCAAACUGGGUUGAUAUUGUGUUUAGUGCCUCUGUUAUCAUUUCAGGAAGCAGAAAUAUGGAACUUAUGCACAGGAAAAAAAAAAAGAAAGUUGGUUUCUGGUGUUAAUAGGAAGUCAUCAGAGAUAUGUGAUAAACAGAGAUUAGAUUUACAGUAGGUGCAAUAACCUCUGUGGAUUGCUGCUGUCUCAUCAUCUGCACCAGCCUGGAUGGUCAUGCCCCUUCCCUUCCCAUGACCAAGGAACUGUGGCACCAAAGUAGCUGUUACCCCUGGAAAAAAAAUCCUCCUGAUUUGGGCAAUCACAAGAAAUGCCCCGAGGUUGCCCCAUAGCUGGAAACGUUCAAGGUUGGUCUGGACGGGGCUUUGAGCAACCUGACUGAGUUGAAGAUGUCCCUGCUCACUGCAGGGGAGUUGGACUGGAUGGCCUCUAAAUGUCCCUUCAAACCCAAACCGUUCUAUGUAUUUAUGAUUCCAUAAGCUGCACCAGCACGCCUGGUAUCACAGCAACAAUCAUUGCCCAAUAGGAUGUCCUAAGCUUAAUUUCCUCUGAAUUUGAGAGGUCUCCCAGGCCAGUACAUUUAUUUUUCUACAUCUGUGGUACGUCUGGUGGCUUUAGGCCUCCUGGGCACUGGAAGGCAAACCCUGAAGCAGGGAAAACCCAGCCCAUCUUCACUUAUUUCUAUAUUGUGAAGAGCACGACACGCUUCGCUGCUCAGCUCUCCCACAUCACAUCAGCCUUCCCGGAAGCUCAGUGCCUCUGGCACAGGGAAAAUGACUCUGCUGAAGAGUGAAUGAGCUUCUCAGAGUGCUGCUUGCACACAGGGAAAUAGUUUGCAUGAAAUUCCAAGCUAUGCUGCCUGCCCUGGGGAGUGUUUUGCACUUUCUCUUGCCAGCCGCUGGCAAGGCUAUGGGACAUCUCGCUCCCUUCCAGCCUGCUGCUGCCAGCACCAUGAGCAGCUGAAAAAAACCCCACUUUAAGAGUGUUUUUAUUUUAUACUCCUCCUGCUGGGAUCCUGCUCAGCCCAGGGAAUUGAGAGUUUGCCUUUCCAGACUGGCCAUGAAGUCACAGAGCCAAAACAAAGCCAGAGGUGAUGGAAUCGCCCCUUUGGUAGAAGAGUUGAGAUUAGUCUGCAGCUUGUUGGGCUCCAGAGUGGACAAAGCCAAGGAGAGGCUUGAUUAUAUGAAACCCUUUCAAAAUAUCCUCAGUUUGCCAGAACUUUUAUGAAAGAAAAUAUUUUUUACUGGGAAGGGGUUUCUCUGGCCGGGACGGGGAGGUAAAACGGGUGUCACUGCGAUUGGUGAUGCAACCUCCCCACCAAACUCAACUUUUUUCUUGGUAAGAAUAAAGAAAUAACUCUCCUAACCAUAUUUGAUUGCAAAAAAAUAUUUUUGGCUCUCCCCAAAUUUCCCAGGGUGGAUCUGAUUAGGAUCAGUCGAGUGUUUAAAAACAAGGGCUGUUAUAGCCGUUAUUUAUUAGAAAUAACAGUAAAGGUUGCGUCCCUCAGAUGAUUAUUUUUUAAUA